GAAUGGCUUUGUUGCUGCCAAAAGCAUGAUGGAUCUUCGGUAUCAGCUGACCGAAAAGGGACAGUCUUCCAGUUUUGCUACUUCGGAAAAAGACCCCGAAGAGUUUCUGAAUCUGAUCAUGCAUCGCAUUCUUGGACUGGAGCCACUCUUGAAACUGCA